UUGUGAGUUAUCGUGAUAUGUUAUUCCGGGUUUUUUUUUGCUUAUCUAUUUUAAAAUGUUUUAAAAUAAUGAAUGUUUUAAUAUUUUAUGCUUUGUAAUAAUUAUUAAGCUGUAUGAAAUAAAAUAAUUUUAUAUUAAAAUUAUUAAUACACAAAAAGUUCUCCUUUGGGCGAUGGCGAGAGGAUGUCAGUAAUUGGGUUACUCAAUCGGAAUACUGUAAUUGGAGUCGAUGGUAGUUUUCUUACGCUCAAUUUGGUUCUAUUCAGAUAUGGGUAUCUCCGGUUUUGGAUUUGAAUUCUCAGAUACGGCGGCGGAUUCACAGAGUUCCCCGAGUGCUGCUGCGACUGAUGGUUUUGGAGCCGAUUUCCUAUAAGUUAGCGUGUAUGAAUAUGUCCUGGGACAAGUUCGAGACGGACAAAUAAACGAGACCAUAUGUUUUGCUGCAGCUGAUAAGUCUCACUCAGUUUUCUUGUUGAUUGAUGAGAUAUAUGAGCAGAUGUGCAGGAACUGAGAUUGUAUGCAUAUAAGUUAAAACAAAUCGUUAGAGCAUAUAAGCAGACACAAACAAUCAGUUGGAGCCGCAGAGGCAUUCCUUUGCUCAUUGUGAGAUUUGGCAAUCACACCUGUGGCAGAUCUGGAGCACUAACCCUUCGUAGUCUAUCAGGUUAUCCAGUCUUCCAGAAAUGAUCAGAUAAUGGAGGAUGAAGGGAAUCAUAUGGUUACGGAAGCAUCAGUGGAAAAGCAUGAGGUUGAGCUAGAAGAGGGUGAAUUAUCUCCACCGCCAGUUGUGAGCAAGGCAAUUUUGAGGUUAAUGGACAGAAUGGCUUCAAGCCUUUACAUAAGUGACGGACAUUGUAAGAAGCAAUAAAGACCAGCAAAGUUUUGAUAAAAAAAAAAAAGGGAGCAAAGAACAAUUUGGCGAUUAUUUGAAUGAAUAUUUUAUAAUGUUUAAUUAUUUGAAUGAUUCCUAUUAUGUGCUAUUUAGGCGUCAUCAAGUAAGGACUGUUUGAAGCAUGCUUCUUGAGUCUGUAAUAUGAUGGUUUUUCCAUCCCGUGCUAUCUAUGUUCUUCUGUCUAUUUCCAGAUGUUGUACGAGAGAAUACAAAACAACAAAGAAACAUUCAGAAAAGAAAUGGAAGGCUCCAGAUAACACGACUCUUGAUUCUUAUCCCAGGUUCAUGGAUGCACUCUAUAAUUUACUUGACGGUUCUAUUGACAAUACCAAGUUUGAAGAUGAGUGCCGAGCUAUUUUUGGAGAACAGUCAUAUGUUCUUUUCACAUUGGACAAGCUAGUUCAGAAGUUUGUUAAGCAUCUCCAUGCGGUUGCAUCUGAUGAAACAGACACCAAGCUUCUGCAACUACAUGCGUAUGAGAACUACAGAAAACCGGGAAGAUUAUUUGAUAUAGUGUAUCAUGAGAAUGCAUGUGCCAUCCUCCAUGAGGCAAACAUAUACCAGAUCAGAUAUUCAUCAGCGGAAACACGUCUCUCGAUUCAGCUUAUGAACAGCGGGAACAAUCAGCCUGAAGUAAUGGGUGUAGCGACAACGGGGUAAGAACCGAAUUUCAAUCAGAAUCCAACAGAAAUUUGAAAAUAAAAGUGAGGUGUACGUAAUUUAGAAAAAAUAGUUCACUCCUCGGUGAUAAUAGGCAAUGCCAAACAUAUAGCACAAAGUCAACAAGGAGGUGUGUGCAACUAAACACCAUCACCAGCAUCGUAUAAUAACCAUCACGAGAAUCCUAAUAACGUAAAAAGUUCUGUAAAUAUUAUUGCCACAACAACGGCAAUGCAGACGAGUAUGGGCAGAAACCACCAAUAUACAAAGUCAAUAAGGAGGUGUGUGAAACUAAGCCCCAUGACCAGCAUCGUGUAAUACAUCCUAAUUAACUUUCCAUUGAUGUUAAUCCAAGGCAAGUAUUCCAAUGCAUCUAGAAGCAAUCCCAUAGUCAUGUGAAACCUAAAGUAGCGAGGCAAAGAUUCGUUCUUCACCAUCCACAUGAACCCUAAGCAGCAAUACACCAUGAACAACCUGUUUUGCAAUCUGUUUUCUGCUACUGUGGUGAUUGAUGAGUUAUCGUCUGCAGAUGCUGUCACACGCCGUGGUAGUCUUCGGUCAUAGGCAAACGAUAAUGAAGAUGCAAAGUCAUUUGCUGCAGAUAUUCUCUAGACAUUAGUUUGCAAGGUUUAAACAUUAAUUAAUAAACAUAUAUAUAAUACCUAGAAGAGGAAGAAUCUGUCUCGAGAUUCUGGAUUUUGGGAAUGAACCAUCAUUGGAGAAACACACU